AUGAAAACUGGAUUAGAUAAUAUGAGGAUGAAAGCAAAUUUAAGUGAAUAUAUACCAAGGAAGAUUAUGCAGGAUACUAUUUUCAAUCCUAGAUAUAGAUCAAUAGAUAAAAUAGGUUCAGGUUCCUUUGGAGAAAUCCAUAAAGUUUAUGAUAUGGUUGAUAAGAAGCUUAGGGCAGUUAAAAUUGAAAAGAAAGAUAAGAGAGGAGCACAAGGGAUGCUCCUAAAAGAAGCAUAUAUUAUGAAAUAGAUGAAGGAUUGCCAUCAUUUUCCUAGGCUCAUUGAAGAAAUGCAAAAUGAUUAGAUGUCUUUCAUAAUUAUGAGUUUUUUGGGACAAAACUUGGAAUCUCUGAAGAAGAAAUAUAACAAAUUAUCGCAUUACACAACAUUACUUAUUGGUACUCAAAUGGUGGAAGCACUUGAGUUAAUGCAUGGCAAAGGAUUCUUACACAGAGAUAUCAAGCCUGAAAAUUUUGUCAUAGGCACAGAAGGGAAUCACCAUAACAUUUAUAUUAUUGAUUUUGGACUUUCCAAGAAGUAUAUAGAUUUGAACAAUAAGCAUAUCCCAGAAGAUAACAAUAAAGGAUUAGUAGGUACAGCUCGUUAUACCUCGAUAAAUAGUCACCGUGGAAUUGAGUAAUCUCGUAGAGAUGAUCUAGAAGCACUUGGCUACGUGCUUAUCUAUCUUGCAAAAGGUGAACUUCCCUGGCAAAAUCUUACCCUCGAGAAAAGAGAAGAGAAAUUUGAAUAAAUCAAACAUUUGAAGAUAGAAACCAAAUUAGACGAUUUAUGCAAAGGACUACCCAAUUCUUUUAAAACCUACAUGGAACAUGUUAAGGGAUUAUCUUUCGAGUAAGAGCCUAAAUAUAAAUUUUUACAGUAAUCCUUUUUGAGAGAUGCAAAGUAAAUACAGGAAGAAAAAAAUAUCCCUAUUGAAAGUUAACAUUGCCUAGAUUGGUGCGAAAAUAAUUGCUCUAUCAAAAAGUAAUACUCUGAUCAAAUAUAGAGACAAUUGUAAUUGAAAAUGAAGCAGUAAAAUGGAAAUAGUAUUUUAAGCACUCCAUAAAUAGUUAAUUCCGAAGAUAACAGUGAUGUUAAAAGGAGAGAAACUUAGUUUACAGAAACUGCAUAAUUUUAUGAAGAUACUGUAGAAAGACCUCAAGAUUCUACAUUCGAAGUACCUCUAUUUAGAACUGAGCAAUCUUUGACACUGUCUAGACACAGUUUUGGAAACAUUCCUCACUUUACUUCUAAUCCUUAAAUAGAAGAAAUUAAAAAUUUAUCAACAAGCAAGUCUGGAUAGAAUCAUAUCAAUGGGAGAAGUUCCACAGACAUGAAUCUACCUUAUUAAAUUAAUAUAUCCCAAAAUGGCGCAGAAGAUGAACAUUCAUAAAACUCUUCUCAAUAUAAUAAUGUAUCAAGUGAAUACACUCCAAUGCAAGACGAGAAAGUUAAAGUUUAAAAAGUAGUUGCCUCUUCACCAAUAAGAUUUUCUAUGACUGAUAACCAAUUGAUGCUUAAAUCAGCAAUUAUUAACAUUUAGAAUGCUAAUAAUAAUAGUACUAAUAUAAAUAAAUCGCAAAGUAUGUAAAAUAUACAAGAAGUUUAAGAAUGA